AUGGUACUCAAUUUCGGAUCAGAUAUACCGACUGUACUUCGCUCAGAAUGCACCAAAGAAGUGUUUGUACAAUUAAUGACUAUCUCUUAUCAAAUGCAGGGUAUUCUCUCAAUGGUUGUGGCAUUUGAUCGUCUAUUAGCGGUAACUAUUCCAAUUAAAUAUAUCAAAUUCGGCAAUCACUACAAUAUCAUAAUCAUUGCAACACCAUGCGUAACAGUGCUCAUACCGACGGUGGUGAAUUUUCUUCUGACUAUAAAUGAUCAAUCAUGGGUUUCUGCUCUUUGUCUUACACGUGAAGCUGUCUAUCCUGGUUUUCAUGCCUACAUAUUGUUGAUGCGAAUGGCUUGUAUCAUAUCAUCUGGCUUAAUAUAUUUAUAUAUUGUUUUACGACUCAAACAGCAUCUUGCUAAACACGAAAAGGUAUGUCAUCGAGUGGAUACAACGCAACUGCGAAAUAUACGACAUUCUACAGUAACAGUUGGUUUGACCACAAUUAAUGCGCUGGUAUUUUUAUUCAUUCCCGAUAUAGUGGCCUAUUUUGAAAUUGCUGGUAUUCAUCAAAAUUAUGCUACGGUUUUAUAUUCGUUCUAUUGUGUUAAUGUCAAUUUGAAUUUUCUUAUUCUAAUAACUCGCCACAAAGAGAUUCGACAGAAUUUUGCCUAUUUCGUUCGCGUUAUCCUUCUACGACGGCAUCCUACUACUACAAGCGCUCAAAGUGUUCAUAAAGCAGCAAGUAAUGUGGCACCAAUCAGAAGUGCUCUGAGCCGUAACAUAGUACAUCACUACGCUACGUCUUUCACCAUGAGCGCUACACUUCCUGAGGCCAGAAUGGAUGAUGUGGAGGAAACCGUGUUCGAAGUUCGAGAGCGAAGACGACGACGGCAUAUUCCUUCUGAACCAGAAGUGCCAGAAAUGCAGAGCUCCGACGAAUGCGUCGUUGUUCGAGAAGAAACGCUUCUGAACUCGUCGACUGCACCCACUAACCUAGGUCGAGCGGCGCUCGAUAAAUCCCAUACGUUAGCAGCAAUCCCGAGUAAAGGUAAGGAGACUGAGAGAAAAAGAAAGAUAGAAAUUAGAAGGACUACAGCCGAUAGCAUUGUAAAAACGAAGAAACGGAAAGAAGUGGAAGAGGCCGUAGUUAGAGCAAGAGUGUCGGCUUUGCCUCGUCAACAUCGUCUGAAGGAUAAGUUGCCAAUAGCUCCUAGGCGGCUUCCACUCAAAAACCCAGAACGACCAUUCCCCAACGAUCUGACUGAACAGGGACGAGCACUCAUCCACAUGGAUAAGGGACAAAGGAAGGGAGAAACGUCAGCAACUUCACCGAACAUUUCAUCAAUGCCGCGACAGCAUCGCUUGCACGGCAUCAUACAAGCCUCGGAUAGGCAACCCAGGACCUUUACCCCCAAACUUACAUUUCCCAACAAAUUAAUUGAACAGGAACAUGCAGAGGCAAAUAGGCCAGCUGUAGCAAACGAAGAAAGGGAUAAUCUCUCUUUGAUCGAGAAGCUUUCAAAGGCAAAACCGCCAAUUAAGGAAAAGGGAGAUCAACAAGUGCAGAUAGAUGAAGAGUUGCCACCAGAAGCUAUCAGUCUUGAGGAAACAAAAAUGCAAAAAGAAGAAGGAAGGCCAGCAGCAAAGAGAACAACAUCAAAAGCACAACAACAGCAUAUGGAGGGGGAACAACCCAUUCACAAAGAUCUGCCGAAGAAUGACUCAGAAUCCGCAUAUCCUUAUCAGCCGAUUGAACAAAAACCAAUAGAGUACGGCAGACCUCAGAAGGAGAAUAGAAAAUUAGAAGGGACUUCGACGUCAGCUCUUAAUAAAAUCUCAUCUUCGCAAGAGCAACAUAAUAUGGAUGCUGUUCCACUCGCGAAUCAAGGGCAGGCUCCAACCUUUAAGUCAGAGCUGUCAUCUCCCCGCGAAGGAUCUGAGCAGGAAACAGACGAAGAAAGAAAAUCAGGAAAGGUAUCAGGGAAAAGGAUAGAUGAAACUUCGCUAAUUACCCCAACAGUUUCAUAUUUGCCACAACAACACCUCCUCGAUGGCAUUUCAGAUGGUGAUUAUAAACAGCCUCAAGCCGUCAGUCCAGUUAUGUCAUCUCCAAAUAAGCUGACUGAGCAGGAACCAGAGGAAGAAAAGAAACCAGGAAAGGCAGUAGGCAAAAGGGAAGAUGAAAAGUCACCAGUCACACCAACAGUUCCAUAUAUGCCACAGCAACACCAUCUCGAUGUUGCUUCAGAUGUUGACCAUAGGCGGCCUCAAGCUAUUAGCCCAGUUACAUCAUUUGCCAAUAAGCUAAGUGAGCAGGAACCAGAAGAAGAAAAGGAAGCAGGAAAGGCACUGAGCAAAAGGGGAGAUGAAAAGUCGUUAGUUACACCAGCAAUGUCAUAUAUGCCACAGCAACACCGUCUUGAUGUUGCUUCAGAUGCUGACUAUAGACAGCCUCAAGCCGUUAGCCCAGUGCCGUCAACUCCCAAUAAGCUUAGUGAACAGGAAGAUGACGGAGAAAGUAGACUUCAGAAAAAACGACAAACAGAUGAAGAAAAAUCUGCUGUUACAGCAAAGAUUUCAUCUUUACCGAAGCAGGAUCGUACAGAUGAUGUUCCGCAACCGGAUCACGAAAAUAAACAAGCGCUUAGUCCAGAGCUAACGUUUCCCAAUAAGAUCGUUAAACAGCAAAUAGUAGAGGGAAGCAGUCCUAGAAGCGAGAGAAGUCAAAGAGCAUCAGAAACUCCUGCUGGCAUACCGAAAUCUCCUAAUUCACAACAGCAGAAGCAUAUGGAAGGUGAAGCGCAAAAAGUUCCUAAGCAUCUUGCAGCUGUCGGCUUACUACUGGCUCCUUUCAGCAUGCUAACCAAGCAUGAGACGGCCGAGGCUGCAACAUCAAUUUCACCUUUGUCACAACAACACGAUAUCGAUGCACCUCCACAGAGAGAUCGAAGGCAAGCUUUAGCAGUGAGCCGAGCGCUAUCUUCACCCAAUAGGUUGCUUGAUCAAGAACCCGAGAAAGAAACCAAGCCUCAAAGGGCAUCAGAACCAAGGAAAGAUGGGAAAGCACAGGUAUCAGCAACAAUUCCGCCUUUGCCAAAGCAACACAACAUCGAAGCAGCCCCGCAGAGAGGACAAAGACAAGCUUCAGCAGUGAGCCCACUGCUAUCCUCAUCUAAAAAGUUACUUGAACAAGAAACAGAACAAGAAAGCAAACCAGAACAAGCGUUCGGGCUGAGGAAAGGUCAAACACCGCUAGUUACUCCUACAAUUUCAUCUUUGCCACAGCAACACAACAUCGAAGCAGCUCCGCAAAGAGGAAAAAGGCAAGCUUUAGCACUGAGCCCACAGCUAUCUUCACCUAAUAAGUUACUUGAACAAGAACCAGAACAAGAAAGCAAACCAGAAGAAGCGUUCGGGCCGAGGAAGGGUCAAACACCGCUAGUUACCCCUACAAUUUCAUUUUUGCCACAGCAACACGACAUCGAAACAGUUUCGCAGAGAGGAAAAAGGCAAGCUUUAGCAGUGAGCCCACUGCCAUCUUCUCCCAAUAAGUUACUUGAACAAGAACCAGAAGGAGAAAGCAAACCAGAAGAAGAGUUCGGGUCGAGGAAAGGUGAAACACCGCUAGUUACCCCUACAAUUUCAUCACUGCCACAGCAACACGACAUCGAAGCAGCUCCGCAGAGAGGAAUAAGGCAAGCUUCGGCAGUGAGUCCGGCGCUAUCUUCACCCAACAGGAUGCUUGAACAAGAACCCGAGAAACAA